UUUGCCAAGUCUCAAUCGUCCGCCCCUUAUUAUAUCUUCCCUCUUAAAAAUCCUCCAACUUCCCUUUUAUCUCUUCCUUCUUUGCGCCUCUUGCCGUAUCUUUAAGUGUGUGGGAACUAACCUCUAAUCCUGUCCUUCUUGUUCUUUCUUUUUUUUUAUCACGCAUUUAAUCCAUCCGCCCUGUUUAACCUGUAAAAAGGAAUUAUCUAACUGAGUGGUCGUGUAUGCAUAUAUCUAUAUGCUUGCGCAUGGGCGAAUAAUAUCAAUCUAAUAUUAUUCCUACUUAUUGAGACGACUACCCUACGAGCUUAUCAUUAAAACAUCCAUCUCUAGGUCGCGUGCGUUGUCGCCACCUACAUACUCGUUAAUCAGCCUCUCCAGGACCAGGACGCAUAUUAGUGAAUAUAGUCCCGCUUUUCUCUGUGCUGCGCGCGUCCGGAAAACACAACAGACUCGAGUCCUAACAUUCCAGCUUCGCUCGUUCUCCUCGUUCAACCCCUUACUUAACUAGGUGGUGCAACUGGGCGGUGCAUUCUCUGUUCUCUGGCUACACCAACUCCAAACCAAGUCCCUUCUAUCAAGGCAUGACAGCGAAGUAAUCAUAGCAACUUUGCGAUUCCGCGACGACUCGUCAUAAUGGCUAUUGGUAGAGAAGGAAACGUCAAAUGGGUCGAUGGUCUUCGAGGCUUCGCAUCCACUCUAGUGGUCUUGACUCAUAUCGCUAGAGCUUUCGACGGCGACCUUUUUCUUCCAGCUACUCAUAACGGCUCAGCACCACGGCCUCUGCAACUGCCUUUCCUACGAAUUCUAGUUCAGGGCCGUAUCGGUGUCACUAUUUUCGCUUUUGUUACUGGCUAUGUCUGUGCUCUUAAGCCUAUCAAACUGUACCGACAGAACAACCAAGAUGCCGCCUUCACAUCUAUCGCCAAGUCUGCCCUCCGCCGUGUUCCCCGAUUGGUUAUACCCUGUGGUCUCGCGACCGUCAUCAUUUGGAUAAUGGCGAAUCUAGGAAUGUUUUUGGUCGCAAAGCAGAGUGAUUGUUGGUGGUGUGGUAAGACCGCACCCGAUCGCCAAGCGAACAUAUUCCUGUCGGUUAAACACUUGAUUGAGAACAUCAUUUCAACUUGGACAAGAGGCCGAAACGCGUAUGAUGGCAAUCAGUGGACAUUGUUACCAUUGCUGAAGGGAAGCAUGGAAGUUUAUACCUUUAUCGUUGCCACGGCCUAUAUUCGACCUCAGUUCAGGAUGGUCUUGAGUUUGAUGAUGUAUGCCUAUUUCUGGAUGGCAUCCGACUCGGCUUUUGGGAUGCAGUUCUUCUGGGGUGUAUUCCUCUGUGACUUGCAAAAUCACCCUCCUGCCACCGAAUGGCUUGCUCGUCGACCAAAAGUCUCGCAGGUCUUGGCUGCGAUCUUCUUGUUUCUAGGUCUCUACGUCGCCUCGUAUCCUGAAGGACAUCCAGAAUGGGCGGCCUGGUCACGCUACCAAUUCGAGGUUUUGAAGCGCAUUCUUCCCAAGGACCCCGAUUACCCUCGAUUCGCUUCCGGAAUUGGCUUAGAAUUGAUUACCUUGGGUUUACAUUUCAGCCCAGCUCUACGUGAUAUCAUGUCAAGCAAAUAUUUGCUCUGGUUUGGCAAGCAGUCUUUCGCCGUUUAUCUUUUACACGGUCCUCUCCUUCGCAGUGUUCUUUGCUGGAUGGUUUAUGGAAUCCACGUGCCCCCGCCCAUCACCAACGACAAGGGUGAAAUAAUUCACGGCACGCUCAUGUUCCCCAGCGGGUGGCGUCUCGUGGUCGCCCUACCAUUUUGGAUCCCUCUAAACUACGGUGCCGCGAUGCUUUGGACAGGCUAUGUCGACCCUUGGUGUGCGACUCUGACUGAGAAGAUUGUGGGCAAAGUUAUGUUGGCACGCGACGAGAAGGGUGCUCUCUUACCGCAAUAGAUACGUGGUAUUGAUCAUCCCGAGAAACAUGAUUAUUGCGACAGCUCUAGACGGCCAAGACCAUAAAUGGGAUGUCGGAGAGGCAAUGCCAUGAGCAAUGCCAUUCAA